AUGAGAGGCGUUUCGAGUAGCAAAGCGAUCACCGAAAUCAACAUACGCAUUAAAGAGCUUGAAGAGCCACAUAUUCUACCGAAUACAAGCAGAAAACGAUCAUCAUUUAGCAGCAAUCCUCCAAACCCAGCACGGCCUUUACGUGUUCUAGCAGCUCGACGAGAAGCAUUGUCAAAAAACCGUAAUAACGCUUCUAUACCAGAAGCAGAUGUUGACCAAGGAACAACGACAGCAGCAGCAGAAGCGCCUGAUGUUUCAUCGGACUAUGGCUAUCUCAAGCAUAUUCAGUCAUUCAAGCCUCUUUGUCAUCCAGAUGACAAAUCUCUUCCGAAAAAAGUCAGGGAUUUCUAUGAAGAUCAGUUGGAAUUGAUAACGUCUAUCGAAGACAUUCUGUUGCCAAAAACGGACGAAUCAAAUGAUCAUCAAACAGAUGCACAACGACGACAAAAUCGUAAUAUCAAAAUUUUGACUCGAGUUACUUUAGUAGUAAAUAUCAUUCUUUUGAUUAUCAAAAUUAUCGCAGCGGUCAUAUCGCGAUCACUUUCAGUGAUUUCAUCAGUUGUAGACAGUACCGUCGAUCUACUAACAAGUGUCAUUCUUCUUUGGACAUCGAGAAAAAUCAAAAAUCGUGAUGCUUAUAAAUAUCCUGGAGGUCGAACUCGUCUUGAACCCAUCUCGAUUGUCAUUCUAUCGGUCAUCAUGUGUUCAGCGAGUGUACAAGUCAUCUUCGAGAGUGGUGAAACAUUAGAACAGGAUAUUGAAUAUUUUACCAAUAAACAUAAUGGUUCAUCAACAAAAACAUUACCUGAUAUCGAUAUGAGUAUUUUACCUAUCGUAUCAAUGGUUAUCACUAUUGUCUCAAAAGCAAUUCUUUUCGUUUUGUGUUAUCGAAUCAACAAUCCAACAAUGUACGCACUGGCCGAAGAUAAUCGUAAUGAUGUCGUAUCUAAUAUCGUAGCGCUUGCUUGCGGACUUAUAGCAACUCAUGCUCGACGUGGUGAUCUCAAACAAGAAGCAAUAGUAGUUGAUCCGGUCGGUGGUAUCGUCAUUUCAAUCUACAUUAUCAUAGCUUGGAUUUUACAAGCAAACAGGCAGGUGCGUCAUUUGACCGGUCUAUCAGCCGAACCACCCUUUCUCCAACGAAUAACACAUGUUGUAUACAAUUAUCGUCCAGAUAUCGUUACAAAAGUCGAUUCGAUCCAAGCUGUUCAUCUUGGUACGAAUUUUUUCGUCGAAGUCGAUAUUGGUUUACCGGGUGCAAUGCCAUUGUCUGAAGCGCAUGACAUUGGUGCCGAAUUGCAAACUCAAUUAGAGGAAAUUGAUGACGUUGAACGAGCAUUCGUUCAUUUAGACUUCGAAUUUACACAUAUGCCAGCUAGCGAACAUAAAAAAGUCUAA